ACCUCUAGUCUUGCUUUGAAAAAGCCAUUUUGUGUAACUCUUGACUGAAUAAUUUCCUAAUACACCUGUUGCGUGGAUCCCUGACACAGUAUGCUAUUUGAGAGGUACUUUUGCUUGAUCAAAUACUGGUGAUUAGAGAAGAGAGGUAUUUUUUUUUUCCUGAUCAUUAUGAACAUUGGCUUUGCACCCUGAAAUAAAAAUGUUGAAAACCGAGUCUUCAGGCGAACGAACCACUCUCAGAAGUGCCUCUCCUCACAGGAAUGCGUACAGAACUGAGUUCCAGGCACUGAAAAGUACCUUUGACAAACCCAAGUCAGAUGGGGAACAAAAAACAAAAGAAGGUGAGGGCUCCCAGCAGAGCAGGGGGAGGAAAUAUGGCUCCAAUGUCAACAGAAUUAAAAACCUAUUUAUGCAGAUGGGCAUGGAACCCAAUGAGAAUGCUGCAGUCAUUGCCAAAACAAGGGGGAAAGGUGGCCCGUCAUCCCCUCAGAGAAGAAUGAGGCCCAAAGAAUUUCUGGAGAAAACGGAUGGCUCAGUUGUUAAGUUGGAGUCCUCUGUUUCAGAGCGAAUUAGUAGAUUUGACACAAUGCACGAUGGCCCUUCAUAUUCUAAGUUCACGGAAACUCGGAAGUUGUUUGAGCGAAGUGGGCAUGAAUCAGGGCAAAACAACCGUUACUCCCCAAAGAAAGAGAAAGCUGGAGGGAACGAACCUCAGGAUGAAUGGGGUGGUCUGAAGUCCAACAGAGGCAGCACUGACUCCUUGGACAGCCUUAGCCCCCGGACAGAGGCUGUCUCCCCAACUGUGAGUCAACUGAGUGCAGUAUUUGAGAACACCGAUUCCCCCAAUUCCGUCAUUUCUGAGAAGGCUGAAAAUGAGUACUCAGUGACUGGGCACUAUCCCCUGAAUUUACCAGCUGUGACUGUUACCAAUCUCGACACCUUUAGUCGUCUUAAGGAUUCUGAUUCUUGCACUCCUCCAAGCAGACACGGUGACGAUGCAGAGGAUGCUCAGAAGAGCGACACGUCCCCUGUACCAGAAGUGGCUUCGAAAAGUACCUCUCUCGCUUUGAUACCUAGUGAAGAGGCAGAGCUGAGCAAGGAAGCUGAGGACUCCACAUCUAACCAAGAGACUCCUGACAGAGUUGACAAAGACGUUCCCGGAGAACCUUGUGCUGGGAACAAGGCAAUGCCAGAGUCUGACAUCCUCUCCCCGCAGAGUGAGCCUUUAGAAGAUGCCAAAGCUAAUUUGGUUGGGAAUGAGGCAGCAAUGACACAGAAGAAAGAGCUUGCAGGUGGUGAUUUUAUCUCUGCUGAUGCUUCUGGAUCCAGCUGUGGGAAGGAAGUACCUGAAGAUUCAAGUAAUAUUGAGAGUCCCCAUGUUUACAUGCACAGUGACUAUAAUGUAUAUAGGGUAAGAUCCAGGUAUAAUUCCGACUGGCGAGAGACAGGCACUGAACAGGAUGAGCAGGAGGAUAGUGAUGAAAACAAUUACUAUCAACCUGACAUGGAAUACUCGGAAAUCGUUGGAUUGCCAGAAGAAGAAGAAAUCCCCACAAAUAGGAAAAUUAAGUUUAGUAGUGCUCCAAUUAAGGUUUUCAGCACGUACUCCAAUGAAGACUAUGACAGGAGAAAUGAUGAAGUUGACCCCGUGGCUGCUUCAGCUGAGUAUGAACUUGAAAAGCGUGUAGAAAAGUUGGAACUUUUCCCAGUGGAACUGGAGAAAGAUGAGGAUGGACUUGGCAUAAGUAUUAUUGGAAUGGGUGUUGGAGCCGAUGCUGGACUGGAAAAGCUGGGAAUAUUUGUCAAGACAGUAACAGAAGGUGGUGCUGCGCAGCGGGAUGGCAGGAUACAAGUCAAUGACCAGAUUGUAGAAGUGGAUGGGAUCAGCUUGGUGGGAGUCACACAGAAUUUUGCUGCAACAGUUCUCAGAAACACCAAGGGCAACGUCAGGUUUGUCAUUGGGCGAGAAAAACCAGGACAAGUGAGUGAGGUUGCGCAGUUGAUAAGCCAGACACUGGAACAAGAAAGGCGCCAGAGAGAGAUGCUUGAGCAGCAUUACGCCCAGUAUGAUGCUGACGACGACGAGAACACGGUGGCUGACUUGCAAGGAGUGUCUGGCAACUGCAAUAACAAUAACAACUAUUUCCUUAAGACAGGAGACUAUGCCACCGAUGAAGAGGAGGAUGAGGAGGGGCCCACCCUUCCCGGCAGUGACAUGGCCAUUGAAGUCUUCGAGCUGCCCGAGAACGAGGACAUGUUUUCCCCAUCAGACCUGGACACCACCAAGCUCAGUCACAAGUUCAAAGAGCUGCAAAUCAAACAUGCAGUUACAGAAGCAGAGAUUCAAAAAUUGAAGACCAAGCUGCAGGCAGCAGAAAAUGAGAAAGUGAGGUGGGAACUAGAAAAAACUCAACUCCAGCAGAAUAUAGAAGAGAAUAAAGAAAGAAUGUUGAAGUUAGAGAGCUACUGGAUCGAGGCUCAAACACUAUGCCACACAGUCAACGAACACCUCAAAGAGACCCAAAGCCAGUAUCAGGCCUUGGAAAAGAAAUACAACAAGGCAAAGAAAUUGAUCAAGGAUUUUCAACAAAAAGAACUUGAUUUCAUCAAGAGACAGGAAGCAGAAAGAAAGAAAAUAGAAGAUUUGGAAAAGGCUCAUGUUGUGGAAGUUCAAGGCCUGCAAGUGCGGAUUAGAGAUUUGGAGGUUGAGGUGUUCAGGCUGCUGAAGCAAAAUGGGACUCAAGUUAAUAACAACAACAACAUCUUUGAGAGAAGAACAUCUCUUGGAGAAGUCUCUAAGGGAGACGCCAUGGAGAACGUGGAUGUCAAGCAGAUGUCUUGUCCAGAUGGCCUGAGUCAAGACUUGAAUGAAGCAGUCCCAGAGACAGAGCGCCUGGAUUCGAAAGCCCUGAAAACCCGAGCCCAGCUGUCCGUGAAGAACCGACGCCAGAGGCCCUCUAGGACAAGACUUUAUGAUAGUGUCAGUUCAACAGACGGGGAGGACAGCCUAGAGCGAAAGCCUUCAAACAGUUUCUGUAACCACAUGCAUAUUACCAAAUCACUUCUGCCCAAGGGUUUGCGAACUUCUUCUCCAGAAUCAGAUUCUGGUGCUCCAUCCCUCACUUCCGAGGCUGUCAGUGUGCCCUUCUCCAAGUCUGACCAGAUAACUGACUCUCAAGGACCCCUGCACCCAGAAAGGGAGCCUUCCUCCUGUACUUGGGGAGACUCUUCACUCUCCUCUCCUUCAAAAUCUGAUCACGAUAUGGAAGAGUCUCCUUGCCAUCAUCAAGCCACCACCAGGAAAAUAGCACAAGAAAAAGAUGGUGCCAAAGGUCUCAAAUCCCUAAGGGCGUCCAGUUCAUUUGUGGUACAAGGAGGGAAAAUUAAGCGGAAGUUUGUGGAUCUGGGGGCACCGUUGCGAAGGAACUCCAACAAGGGAAAGAAAUGGAAAGAAAAAGAAAAAGAAGCCAAUAGGUUUUCUCCGAGUAGCAGGAUCUUCAGAGGCCGGCUGGACCACUGGAAAGCGAAGCCCUCCUCCGCAGCGCCGGCCUCCCCUCGCUCACCUUGCAUGCCUUUCUCCUGGUUUCACGAAAGCCGGAAAGGAUCCUAUUCCUUCAGGAACCUGCCUUCACCUCCAAGUCCCCUCCAGCCUUCUCCUGAAACUCUAAUUUCAGAUAAAAAGGGGUCCAAGAAUUUUACCUUCAAUGAUGACUUCAGUCCCAGUAGCACCAGCUCGGCAGACCUGAGCGGCCUAGGAGCGGAGCCCAGAACCCCGGGGCUCUCUCAGUCCCUAGCGCUGUCAUCAGAUGAGAGCCUGGAUAUGAUAGAUGACGAGAUCCUUGAUGACGGACAGUCUCCCAAGCACAGUCAGUGUCAGAAUCGGGCCGUUCAGGAGUGGAGUGUGCAGCAGGUUUCUCACUGGCUCAUGAGCCUAAAUCUGGAGCAGUAUGUAUCUGAAUUCAGUGCCCAAAACAUCACUGGAGAGCAACUCCUGCAGUUGGAUGGAAAUAAACUGAAGGCUCUUGGAAUGGCAUCAUCGCAGGACCGAGCAGUGGUCAAGAAAAAGCUCAAGGAAAUGAAGGUGUCUCUAGAGAAGGCUCGGAAGGCUCAAGAGAAAAUGGAAAAGCAGAGAGAAAAGCUGAGGAGGAAGGAACAAGAGCAGAUGCAGAGGAAAUGUAGAAAGACAGAAAAGAUGGCAAUAGAGGGUGCUGGGGAGCAGUAACACACCCUCUUCCAGGCGAAGAGGGUGCACCAAGAGAGGGCCCACCUCUUCCUGCCCCGCUCUCCUCCAGGGGAAUGAAGAAGAAACUGAUGACGGGGGAAAUGUGCUGUAGGCAGACUGGGGAACCUGGUGUCGAAUACCUGCAUUUUCUGUGAUAAUAGAAUUCCUUUCAUUUUAACCUACUUAAAUAAUCCCAAGCCACCUUUAGUUUCUUAACAAACCAAGGAGCUCAUUUGUGAGAGCUGCAAAUGUUUCCCUCUUCUCUGACUUACCAAUAUCUUGUGUUGUGUUGGGUGGGUGCGUGUGUCACUUGGAAAACCAGCAUGACAGUGCCCAACAAGAGCAUGACCCACCCUGAUGUUGUGAAAUGGAGUGCCAUGGAUGUCCAGCAUGGGGUCCUGACCCUGGGUGUUUGUGUAUGUCUGCAUGGCUUGAGCGCCCUCCUGCCAUGAGGUCUGGGCUGCAGGAUCCACUCCAAAGUGUGAGAAAGGUCCCCGUUAUUUCUGUGUCUGGACAGUGAGACAACCCCACUGUGGAAACGUGGGUGCUCUGCCCGUGGCAGAAGUUGAGCAAACUGUUCUACUUGCUGGGCAUCUGAAGGAGAGAAAAGAAUUCUAGUAUGUGUUCACCCCAGAAGGAAGCAAAAGCCUUAAGAAUAUGGAUGUGGAGUGACCUUGGGAUUCUGAGGAUAAUAUUGAUCUUCCAGAUUUAGCCAAACAAAAGAAAAAGCUGACAUGAAUGCAGCCAUGGGAUAUGGGGAUCUGUUGUUUGCUUUGCUACUGCAGCACCUCAGUUUGUCAGCAACACUGACACACACAACAAAAUUCCUUUCCCCAACAAAUUGAACAGGAAAUUGGUUUUUAAGGAAACCAACGUUUUCAGGUUUCCUCUCCCGGGGAACAUUCUGGUUCGUCUGCAGCCCGACGAUGACACAGUUGGGAACUCGUCACAUAUUUUCAACUCAAGAUUUCCCAAGUGGACUCGGCUAGUAUUUUAACAAAUGUACUUUUAAAAACAAUAGAAAUACCAGUUCGAGAAAACUUAGAUUUGAGUAACAUGCAACUAGAGAAGCAAUUUGACUGAGCACACAGAAUGUCCCCAUAAAGGUGAGCUGUCAGUUAUAUUUAGAGAUGCUCUGAAUGGUUUUUCUGAGCCAUUCUCUUCCGUUCUUUCGGGAUCUUCAUUUAAAGUUAAAGUUUAUUUAAGAUAGUACCCAGAAUACAGUCUAGCAGUGAGCUCAUAUUUUAAAGCCAGUAUUAAGGAUUUCAA